AUGUAUCUAGAUAUAAGUUAUUUGAGACCCAAGAGUUAGUAAUUCCUUAACAAACACUCAAAAUUCUAUAUUAAAUCUGGAACAGAAGGAAUGAUAGUUAGAAAUAUUUAUGAAAAAGUUGAUUACGAAGAAUAUGAAAUCAAAUCGAUUGAAGAUUUCAAAUCAAAGAUUUAAGUGUCUCUGCCCAAUUCGUGGAAGACAAGUGACUAUUUGAAAAUGCUUAUAUCGGCUGAUUUUUCUAUUUAAGGGGCAUUAUAAGUACCUCAAAAUAAAUAUUUAGAGAAUUUAUAAAUUCAUCUAGGUUGGUUGAAUCUAUAUUAGAACUUGGAACCAAACAUUAACCAAUUAAAAAGUGGAGACUUUUAUAUUUUUGGAAUAGAUAAGUAAUCAAGGCCAGUCAUAAUAAUAAAGCAUCUUGAAAAUGAGAACUUUUUAACCUUUUAAUACUUACUGGAAACAGUGAAGCGAUAGGUAUUGAUACCUUACUUUGUUGAAAAUUGGACGAUUAUUUACGAUUGCCAAAAUCAGGAAUACAAUUUUUAUGAAAUUGAUAAUAUUAAGGAGUUGAUGAUUAAUUUUUGUGGAAAUUUAAAUAAUCUUCUUAUCGUAAAUUCUCAAUUAAACUUUUAACAAAUUCUUAAUUACAUCCCUAACAAAACCUAAAUCCACUCUAAAAUUAAAUUGAUAAACAACCUAGAUGAUUUGCAAUAAUACAUUUUGAAAGAGCAAUUAGAAGAAAAGUAUAAUGGAGAAUGUUCAAAUGUUAACAACUUUUGGCCUCCCCAGAUACCAUAAGUGUCUGAAUUGUUGAAACAUGUUACCUAUGAUUGCUACGAAGACUACUAAUACGGAUUAAGGAGACUAUAAGAUUUUAAGGGGAGAAAUUUAAGAAAAUUUUCAUCACUAGGGAGACUAUCACAUUAACACUCUAAGACAACAAGUAUGAAAAAGUCGAUAGAGUCUGCAACUUCCAGUAGUCAUCUUAAAAUUUUGGUUCAUGAAGAAAAUGGAAAUUAAUUAAUUUAGGAGGAAAUAGAGGUACUUAAUGGUUAAGGAGAUUCCGAAUUUGAGAACGUGAAAAAAAAUGAUUUAAAUAUGUAUAAAACUGAAUCUGUAGGUCUUUAAUAAUUAGAAGAGAAUAAUAAAUAACGUUAAUUCUAAACGAUUCUUGAGAAUGAAAAUGAAAUUGAAUAAAAAUGCUGUUCAAAUAAAUUUAAUUGUAUGAUAUUUUGA